GAGAUUUUGCAAGCCGCUACAACUUUGGCGAUCCUCAUGCUGUUAAUUAUUUCAUCGUGAGCUGGGGAACCCGUAAAUCUCAGCGUUGAAAUUUACUAUUGAACCGCAACACAAUAAUUUUGAUUGUCAUUCCAAAUAAGAGCGAUUUUUUGACCGGGUAGACUACUACUGCCUUCAGUAUAGAAACGUGAUGUUUGUCUGAGUUUAGUGGCUUUGUAUUACAAUGCGCAUGUUAAAAGACAAAGACAGCCAAUGGCUGGAAUUCCUUCCAGUAUAUUCUUUUUUAGCAGCCAUUUCAUCACAGUAUUUGGUCUGCGGUAAAAUAGACGAGGAUCACCGACGGCCUAUAUUACCAAGUAGUUUGGAUGUUAAAAACGCUUUUGAAAAACACAAAAUAAUAUCUGAUGGUCUUAUUCCGAGGGCACCGGAUAGAUUUAUGGUGGUUAAAUUUCGGAAUAAUCGCACGGUCGAAUUAGGAAAUUUUCUGACAUUCGAUGAAACGUGGGAAAUUCCAGGUUUCAUUUAUUGGGAUGCUGAUCCUGGGUGUAUACACACGCUAAUAUUCCUCAAUAUUGAUCAUCCGAAUGAAUUCUUCCCCCAAAAACGCCAGUACCUUCAGUGGUUGGUGGGGAACAUCCCAGAGGCAAGAGUCGAAAAUGGGAGAAUAUUGUCAUCUUACUUGAUGCCUAUUCCUCCACCUGUUCAGUACGGAACCCAUAGGCUUUUGUUUCUCGCUUAUAAGCAACCAAGGACCACAAUUGAGUUCUCUGAGCCAUUUUUGCCUGCUUUGCCUUUACCGAAAUCACGUGCAAACUGGACGUUGUCAGAAUUCGUAAACAAAUAUGAUUUGAUUGGACCAGUUGCGGGUAACUUUUAUCAAAUAAAUUGGCAGGAGGAGGGUAAUAAUUUAGAUGAUGAUAAAAGACCAAAAAUCGAAAACAAAAUAUCUCUCUAACCUUCACAAUAUUGUUUCUUCUGGUUUGAUUUGAAUUUAAGAUAUGAAAUUCUAUACUUCUCUCUCGUUUUUGUUGAAACCACUCAUACAGACCAGUCCGUAGGAGAGAAAUAAAACAUGAAUGAAAGAAGGACAUAAAAUAAUUAUAAAAAUUCACUAAAAAAAUGACACAAUUACAAAACACUUUGAUGGAGAAAGGAUUAUAUUUGAAAAAAAAAAAAAAAAAAAAAAAAAAAAAAAACCGCAUGUAUCUGCUAAUUUCAUUUUUUGGAGGAAAUAAGAAAUAAUGUCGGGCCGCAAGCAGCUAGAGUAAGUGAUAUCAUUUUUUGUAAGGUUCGUUUGUAGAAGGAACAUAAAGAAAAUACAUUUUUGUCCAAAGUUACAUAUUCUGAACAAUUACUUUUACAAAAAUA